AUGAUGUGCUCGAAGUUGAUAUGGCGAUAUAAAGCCUGGAGUGUGAUGGGCUCUUACAGAGUGCUUCUGAAGCGUUGCUGUAUCUGCACAUCAUUCGCUGAAGCGCGCCGAGAACUGAUGGCGGAAUCAUGGCCCACCCUUCCAUCAUCUGCAGGAUUCUUGCGUACCAACCCAACGACGUCGUGUUCGCAGGGCUAG